AUGGCGGCUGUUAAUCCUUCUUUUCUCGUUCUACUUGACCUUCAAGAUGAAUAUGGAAAUUUUGGAACAAUUUUUAGAUCACAAUUAUUUUGUCGAUUUACUGAUAGAGCUCGUUGUUUAGCUUAUAUUUCAAAUCAUCGUACCAAUAUUCGUUUAUUACAUUUUUUCAUACCAAAAUCAGAGCAUGUCGUUGUUGAUGCUGAUAUUGUCCUUUUUAAUACAAUAUAUUAUAUUUAUUGUAUGAAUGAAGCUGGCAUAAAUGAAAUGAGUCGUCAGUAUAAUUUUCCAAUGUAUGUUAAAAUUUUCGAUGUUGAAUCUUUGUCAACAUAUCUACGUCAAGCAGCUAUUGGAAUUUUAUUUGAACGAGCUGAACGUACAAAACAUGAACCUGAUGAACAUGAUAUUGCAUUACAAUUAGCAGCUGAACUAGCUGAUACAUUAGGUGAUGAACUUCGUCAGCAUAUGAAUGGUAAAAUUGGAGAACAACCAAAUGACAAUUGA